AUGCAGGGCUCGAGUCCUCUUCUGCCGCCCUACAUCAUCCCGGAGACAUGGGGCACACCGACACCGGAGGAAGUGGCUCAGUUCAAGCAGAUGAAGCGAAUCGAGCGAAUCUUCAGCCAGGCGCCCGAAAGUGCUCUCUUCAAAGCGGGCAUGUCCGGCGUCACAGGAGGUGGGUUGGGAGCGUUUCUGUCGUUGGUGUCGGUCUCGUUUGCGUAUGAGGACCCGUUCAGGACGAACCCCAACAUACGGCCAGACAUGUCGACGAUGAAGAAGACGGGCGUCAUGUUUGCCGACAUGGGCAAGGGCAUGUACCGACAAGGCAAGACAUGGGGCAGGAUAGGCUUUCUCUUUGCAGGCGCAGAGUCCAUCGUCGAAGGCUAUCGGGCCAAGCACGAUCCUUGGAACCCUUUCUUCGGGGGGCUCAUCACGGGCAGCAUCAUCUCUCGCAAGAGCGGCUUGAGAGCAGCCUCUCUGAGCGGGUUAGGAUUCGGCCUGUUCGGUGCAGCCAUAGAGCAUUUCUUCAUCGAACGAGAGAAACCAGACGACCCAUAG